CGCGAUGGCACCCACUGUGGGGGGAGGCGACGACGCUCUGCUCCCGGAUCUCCCCCGGGGGCCCCUUGAUGCCUACCGAGCUCGGGCGUCCUUCAGCUGGAAGGAGCUGGCGCUGUUCUUAGAAGGCGAGGACUUACUCCGCUUUAAGAAAACCAUCUUCUCAACUCUGGAGAACGACCCGCUCUUCGCCCGUUCCCGUGGAGCCGGCCUGUCCCUGGACAAGUACCGUGAACUGAACUUCCUGCGGUGCAAACGGAUCUUCGAAUAUGACUUCCUUGACAUAGAAGACAUACUCAAGAAUCCUCUGAAAGUGUCCACGCUGAUUCACUGCCUGGGGAUGUAUGACUGGUCCCUGGCUACGAAGUACUUCCUCCACAUGCUGGUUUUUGGAGCAACAGUUUACAACUCCGGUUCCAAACGACAUUUCAGAUAUGUUAAACAGACCGCCACUAUGGAGAUUUUUGGAUGUUUUGCUUUGACCGAACUGAGUCACGGCAGCAACACGAAGGCCAUGAGAACAACUGCGCACUACGACCCCAGCUCAGAGGAAUUCGUCAUACACUCCCCUGAUUUUGAAGCUGCCAAAUUCUGGAUAGGCAACAUGGGCAAGACGGCUACACACGCAGUGGUGUUUGCUCAGCUGCACAUGCCGGGGGGCCAGUGCCAUGGGCUGCAUCCUUUCAUCGUGCAGAUUCGGGACCCGAAGACCCUCCUUCCCAUGCCAGGGGUGAUGGUCGGCGACAUAGGGAAGAAGCUGGGACAGAAUGGGCUGGACAACGGAUUUGCCAUUUUCCACAAGGUUAGAAUUCCUCGCCAGAACCUCCUGAACAAGACAGGGGACGUCACUCCCGAGGGAACCUAUGUCAGCCCCUUUAAGGAUGUCAGGCAGCGCUUUGGCGCCUCCCUGGGUGGCCUGUCCUCGGGGCGGGUCUCCAUCAUAGGCAUGUCUGUUGUGAACUUGAAGCUGGCCAUAGCCAUUGCUCUUCGCUUCUCAGCCACUCGGCGACAGUUUGGACCAACCGAGGAGGAGGAGGUGCCAGUACUUGAGUACCAGAUGCAGCAAUGGCGCUUGCUUCCCUACCUGGCGGCUGCCUACGCCUUGGACUACUUCUCCAAGUCGCUCUUCCUGGACCUGAUAGAGCUCCAGCGAGGUGCCAGGCAGGCAGAGCUCGGACGUGAGAUCCAUGCCCUGGCGUCGGCCGGCAAGCCCCUGGCCUCAUGGAUGGCCCAGCAAGGAAUUCAGGAGUGCCGGGAGGCAUGUGGAGGACACGGCUAUCUGGCCACGAAUCGGCUGGGUGACCUCAGAGAUGACAACGAUCCCAACUGCACUUACGAAGGGGACAACAACGUCCUGCUGCAGCAGACCAGCAACUAUCUGCUGGGCCUCCUGGCACACCAGGUCCGGGAUGGAGCUUGCUUCCAGAGCCCUCUGAAGACGGUGGACUUUCUCGAAGCCUAUCCCGACAUCCUUGGCCAGAGGUUUGAGGUCUCCAGCGUUGCCGACUGCUUGGAUUCUGCAGUCCCCCUGGCAGCGUACAAGUGGCUGGUUUGCUACCUGCUCCGAGAGAGUUCUCAGAAAUUAAAUCAAGAGAGACAAUCAGGAGGCAGUGACUUUGAAGCAAGGAACAGCUGCCAGGUGUUCCACUGCCGCCCCUUGGCGCUGGCCUUCAUGGAGCUCACGGUGGUGCAGCGGUUCCAUCAGUACACACACCAGCCCGGAGUGCCGUCGCCACUGCGUGCCGUGCUGCAGCGACUCAGCGCCCUGUAUGCCCUGUGGUCGCUGAGCCGGCACACGGCCCUGCUCUACCGAGGUGGCUACUUCUGCGGCGAGCAGGCAGGGCGCCUCCUGGAGAGCGCUGUCCUGGCCCUGUGUUCCCAGCUGAAAGACGAUGCAGUUGCCCUGGUAGACGUGAUCGCUCCUCCUGACUUUGUCCUGGACUCCCCGAUUGGCAGAGCUGACGGCGAGCUCUAUAAGAACCUCUGGGGCGCCAUCCUCCAGGAGGGCAACGUGCUACAGAGGGCGUCGUGGUGGCCAGAGUUUUCUGCCAGCAAACCCGUCGUGGGAAGCCUGAAAUCAAAGCUGUAGCUGCACCAGCACACACACAGCUAAAUCGAAUGAAGCCGUUGAACUAAUUAAGACACGGACAUUCAAUUC